GUGAAGCAGUCGCACGCGCUAGCUCCUUGUGUCGAGAAUGUUUCCUCCUGCUGGUGGUGUUGGUGCUGGAGCUGGAGCUGGCGCGUGGCAGCUGCAGCAAGGGACGGGCGUGCGCGCGGUGGCGGCGGCGGACGUCGUCCUCGGCCUGGCCACGGCCGCCUUCGCGCUCUACGCCGUCGCCCUCAACCCGGCAGAUUCCCUGCCGCAGACUGAUACCGCGCUGAGGUCCGCGAACUGCGGCGCCACGCCGCAGCAGGAGCUGGGCAUGCGCUUCGAGGGGCUGGUCGUGCUCCUCACCGCGGCGGCGCAGGCGGCCACGGCCGGGGCGGCCUGGGUGAUCGCGACGGCGUUCGGCCGCGGGAUGGCCCGGCUCCUCGCUAUCUUCGCGCACGCUCUCGGUGGCUUCAACGCCUACGCCCUCUACUACGUCGUCCGCGGGGUGGCCGCCGUCACCUUGGGCCUCUGCAUGGGCAACGCCGACCGCGUCAUACUCGUCCUCUACCACGCCAUCUUCCUCGUGACCCAGGCCGUGCUGCUCGUUGUCGGCUUCGUCGCCGUCCUCUGCGGAGUGUGAGCUUCAUCAGCAAGCUGGCUGCUGCGUGCUAUCUCUUCGACUGCACCUCUCGGUAGUCGUUACCUUCGCUCUCGCAUGCAUGCAUCCUCUUCGGUUCUCAAUAACCCCAUCGUGGUUUAAUAAUAAAUAAACAAUAAUUAGUGUGCUGUCAGUGGACUCAGCGUAUCUGUAUGUAAUUAAGAUCGCGCUGGACAAUUCCCUAAAAAAAAAAAGAUCGCGCUGGACAAGAUGUGGAGAUUAACUGUUUUAUCAUUGCGUUGUUAUAUAUGGUGGUUGUUAGAAUGCCCGGCGGCACUAUGAGAGGCAUGAUAAAGAAGACCGCUUGGGAGGAGAUGACCGACUUGACGAGAGUUGUGCGUCUGAUAGCAG